AUGAGACUAGACGAGAGCAUCAACCAGUUCAGCAGGCACGGCACCGGCGCCAAAGGAGAUCGGGGAAGAAUAGAGCAAAGGGAGGAAUCUCAGAGCCUCCACGGUCGAUUGCGCGGCAGAAGUGCUUCUUUAGAUCCCAACCACUCCGCCGCUGACGAUCCCCCUACUUUCAUCGACGACAUCGAUUCGGUCUCCUCGUUCCCUCCUCUGCUCGGCGGCUCCCCUGACCCGCCGCAGCAGCCGUUCGUCAACUCCUUCAGCCAGUUCAAACGGUGGCCCAGCCACGUCCCUUCUCCGCCGCCCCCUGGGCAUCCGCUGCACAAGUCAAACUCCACGCCUGUUCUGCACAAGCCGCGGAUGGAUGAGCGGUCAAAUCAGGCGGCGGCGGAUCUCAACGAGCUUCGGAUUUCCGACAGUGAGAAACUGGCGGCGGCUGCCAAUUUGGGGUAUACCAAUAGCUUCACCAAGGAUCGGAUGCUGAAGAUGGGGACUCCAGCCUGGCCAUCGCCAUCUCCAUCGCCUUCCCAUUCGCCGCCGCUGAACCCCUUCCGGACGACAUCCAAUUCGUCGGAGGAGUCUACGCCGAAGCCGAAGCCGACGACGCACGUGGUGAUCGGAGGUAUUACUUGCCCGAUGGUCCGGAAGCUGUCGCUGCUGCGGCAUCGGAGCAACACGAUGAACGGGAAGAUUGAUUUCAUUAAGACAUAA